AUGGCACAUUGGUGGAAAAUUUUGGUAAUGCUUCAAUUUUGGUUUGCGAUGUCAUUCGCAGAAAAUAAGGAAACUCCAAGCUAUAUUUCGAGUACUUUCCCUUCACUCAUUCCGGAAAGUGAUUCUCAGGACGGCAGAACUUUCCCUUCACUCAUUUCGGAAAGUGAUUCUCAGGACGAUAGUACUUCCUCUUCACUCAUUCCGGAAAGUGAUUCUCAGGACGAUAGUUACGAUUUUUCAACACAGGUUUAUGAGUGGUACUCUGAGACUACUACUGAUAAGUCCGGAACAAUAAACUGA